CGCCCCGCCAUGCCGCCGCCCGCGCUGCUCCGCCUGUGCCUCUGUGCAGCCGCCGCCGCCGCCUGCUCGUUCAGCCUCCGCGGCGACCACCAGCUGGCCGGGCUGUUCCCGCUGCACACCGAGGGGCGCCGGGAGGCCGCCAGCCUGCUCGUGCGCGGCUGCGACAAAGCCGCCUUCAAGAGCCACGGCUACUGCCUGUCCCAGGCCCUGCGCUUCGCUGUGGAGGAGAUCAACAACUCCACCACGCUGCUCCCUAAUGUUACCCUGGGCUACGAGAUCUAUGACACCUGCUCUGAGACUACCAACCUCCAUGCCACGCUGUGUGCCCUUGCUCGUAAAGGCAAGCAGUAUGUCCAGGUGCUCCCCAGUUUCCAGCACUAUGAACCCCAGGCGGUGGCUGUCAUUGGCCCUGACAGCAGCCAGCUGGCCCUCACCACAGCCGCUGUUCUCAGCCUCUUUCUUGUACCAGAGAUCAGCUACGAAGCCUCCACGGAGGCACUGAGCCUGAAGCGGCUGUACCCCUCUUUCCUGCGCACCAUCCCCAGCGACAGGCAGCAGGUGAAGGCCAUCUUCUUGCUGCUGCAGCACUUUGGCUGGACCUGGGUGGUGCUGCUGGGCAGCGACAACACCUAUGGCAGGGCUGGCCUGGAUGCUCUGCAGGAGAUGUUGACCACAAGCAAUGUGUGCGUGGCCUACCGAGGCACCAUCCCUGCCAACUUGGAUGCCAGCAACCCCAAGCUUCACAAUCUGGUCCGAAUUCUCACAGAUGUCAAGGUCAACGUCACUGUUGUGUUCUCCACCAGCAGAAUUGUUCUGCCAUUCUUCAAGGUGGUGGUCCAGAGGAACAUCACAGGCAUGGUGUGGGUGGCCUCUGAAGACUGGUCGUUGUCUCAAAGGAUCUGGCAGGUACCUGGCAUUCAGACCAUUGGUACAGUGUUUGGGAUGGCAGUAGAGAAGCCAGAGUCCGCAAUGCUGGAACGCUUUGAAGCUUGGUGGAUGUCGGACAAAGGUACUGUGGCUGAGUGUGCCAGCAGUGCAAAGGCAGGCGAGGAAUCUGCGGGGAACGCGUGGCUGGCCUGCACCCAGCGCUGCACCAGCUGCCCUGCACUUGCCACCGUCCCUGACAUGUACGACGCUCAAGGCUCCUUCAAUGUGUACUCGGCUGUUUAUGCCGUGGCCCAUGGCCUCCAUGACCUGCUGGGCUGUGCCUCGGGGGCCUGCAGCAAAGGCACUGUCUAUCCCUGGCAGCUCCUACAAAAGAUUAAGCAAGUAAACUUCACCCUGUACAAUAGCCGAAUCUCUUUUGAUGCCCAUGGGGACAUUCACAAAGGCUAUGACAUUGUCAUGUGGAAGUGGCUGGGUCCAAACUGGACUUCUGAUGUGAUAGGAACCUUCCGUGUAAACCCUGACAGACUGAGCAUUGACCCAGGCAAAGUCCUGUGGCACACAGAAGAUGGCCAGGCUCCCAGCUCGGUGUGCUCUGAGGCCUGUGAGCCAGGAGAGAUGCGCCUGCAGCAGAGCCACCACAAGUGCUGCUUCAGCUGUGUGGCCUGUCCACCAGGAACCUUCCUGAACACAUCGGGUCAGUACACCACAGGGUCUGAUCAUUCUCCUUCCUCCCCUGCCCACAUCCUACCUCCUGCUCCUGUCUCACCAUUCCCAGCCUCACACCUCCUGUGGUCAGUAAAACCUCUGAGCCAACCUGAAGGCAGUGGGUCUGGCUCCUGUUUGCUUACCAGUGGGUAUGCAAAGCCCAUGCCCUGUGCUUUCCGGGGAGUGGGGGACCUUUUAGGAAAAGAACCCGCUCUGCUGCCCCAGGCCUGGGAGCGCCCGCAGGAGGGAGCAGUGGGAUGGGUGAGCAGAGCCCAGGGAGCUGCGGGCCGGGCCCCGCACCGUGGCAGAGCUCUUACCGGGUCCGAGGUGUGUGAGGUGUCCGUGUCCUCCACAGAGCCUUUUGACUGCCAGGCCUGUGGCUUGGAUGAGUGGGCCCCAGCGGGGAGCGAGGUCUGCUUCAACCGCACCAUGCAGUUCCUGUCGUGGUCCGAGCCCCUCUCCUGGGUGCUGCUGGCCCUGGCUGUUCUUCUCAUGCUGCUCAUAGCAGCGCUGGCUGUCCUGUUCGCGCUCAAUGCCUCCACACCUGUGGUCAAGUCCGCGGGCGGGAAGACGUGUUUCCUCAUGCUGGGCUCCCUGGCCUGCACCUGCAGCAGCCUCUUCUGCUACUUCGGGGAGCCCUCGCAGGCGGCGUGCCUGCUGCGGGUCCCCCUCUUCACCAUCAGCUUCACCGUGUUCCUCUCGUGCGUGGCGACCCGCUCCUUCCAGAUCCUCUGCAUCUUCAAGCUGAACGCGCGCUACCCUGCGCUCUACAAGGCCUGGAUGCGGCGCCAGGGGCCGGUGCUGUUCGUGGCCGCCAACUCGGCGGUACAAGUGGCGCUGUGCGUGGUCACCGAGGCCACCGGUCCCUCGGUGCCGCGCCGGGAGUACGGCGCACGGGACGAGUGGGUGGUGCUGGAGUGCUCCAAGAGCGCCGCGGCCGACGCCGCCAUCGCCUACACGGUGCUGCUCAGCGCCGGCUGCUUCGCGCUCAGCUACGCGGGCACGGACCUGCCCGCCGCCUACAACGAGGCCAAGAGCCUGACCGUGAGCCUGCUGCUCCACCUGAGCUGCUCGGCCGCCGUGCUCUGCUCGCAGGACCUGCUGCUCGGCCGGGCCGCGACGGCGGGGCGGGUGCUCGGCACGCUGGGCACGCUCGCAGCACUGCUGGGCGGGUACUUCGCGCCGCGAGCCUUCGUCAUCCUGCUGCGGCCGCACCAAAACACGGCCGAACACUUCCAGAUGGCCAUCCAGGAGUACACGCGCCGCCUGGCCGCCGCCUGAGCCGCA